GAACUGCGACAAAAACCCCGCGCGGCUUCCGUCGCCCUCUGACGUCACCAUCCAACAUGGCGGCCCGCAGCGACUGAAACGAACACAACACAAAGUGUGAGAUCUUGUUGUUGUUGUUGUUGUUGUUGUUUAAAGUGAAGCGCGUGAGAGCCGAUGAGGCAAAGUGCUGCCUCCGGAUCCGUGGACUUCACCGACCUGUGGAGGAGCGUUUCUUCUCUCUGUCCCCGGGAAGCUCCGGAGAGGAGCCCGGCUCCGCAGAUGCCUGGUACCGACACGCCAGCAGCGGUGAGUCGAGAUUUGCAGAGUCCCAUUCGCAGAGGCGGCAGCAGGUUCGCUGGCUUGAACAAUGGAGAUUCUCCAGGUGACGGGGAAGCGUCACAAGAUAUUUUCUGGGAUUCCACGUCCCCCGAUCAAGCUCACACAGGCUCGGGGUGCAGGAACACCAGAGUUGUGGAAAUAUCCGAUAUUGUCAAUCGUAUCGCUCCAAAGGAUGUGAAACUUAAACCAACCGACUCCGCUCUGCUGCAGUGGAUCGGUGACAGUGCCGUCCCAUCCACACCAGAGAUCCGUGUGCCGAGAAUCAGGAAGAGGUCCAGUCGGCAGAGCAGUGUAGACGACCUCAUGAAACUGGCCAGGCAGUUUGACCAGAACAUGCAGCAAGACAAGGAGACCACGGAGCGACUCAACACUUUCAACAGGGACCUCAAUGAAUGUGUGAAUACGUCAAAAGUAAAAACACAAGGGACAUCGUCUUACGGCAGCGUGAAGGACCCGAAGGAUCAGGUGGAGGCCGAGCUGCAGGCCCUGUUUGACUGCUCCACUCAAAACAUCAGCGGCCGGCUAAGCCAGGGCUCCGUAGCAUCCGCCUGCUCACAGGAAGUAAAAGACCGACCUGGGACUUCAGCCUCAGCCGAACCCCGACGAUCUCAGAAGCCGAAGUCCGGUUCAGCUGCUCAACCUGCUGGAGAAAAAGGAACUUGCGGUUUCAGUGCGAACAACUUCGAUGACUUUGAUGACGACUGGGAUAAUGAUGACCUACUUAAUGACUCUUUCGUGCUGGCAAUGAACCAGAAUCCUGACCAGCACCAGAAUGCCCAACCUAACGCCACUUUGCAGUCUAACACUAAGAUGACUACUACUCACUUUACCUCUGUUUACAAGGCUUCCCCAAAAAGAAACUCAGUACAUCAGCCUUCAUACAUGCCCUCCAAGCCCAGCGGCCGAAUACUCCAAGAACUGUGUCCCAAAGUAAAGACGACCAACCGAAGCACUUUCAAGUUAGAGUCCAACCCUCUCUUCCAGCCGGAGUCGGCCACCAAACAGGUUUCCAGCUCCAGGUUUACUGCCACACAACCUAAAUCACAAAUAUCUGACCAGAAACCUGUUGCCACAGAGACACUGAUUACUCCUCAACCGGACAAGAUCGCUGACAAUCAGAGGGGGGCUCUCGCUGCGGACUCGUCUAAAGACAUUUCAGACAGCUUGUGGGGCGAUGGGGACGACGAUGCUCUGCUCUACCAGGUAUGUGACAGCGUGGAGAGGAUCUCCAACAGUCAGCAACAGCAAGUGAGCGCCGGCAGCUGCCAAGAGAAACCAGACUUUACUGUAGACAAACAGCGGAAAACCACAGCGCCUCUGCCAAUCGACACAACCUGGUCCACGAACGUCGGCGCCAGUGCCAGCAGACAGUCGCCGAGUACUUUCGUUCGUUCUAACUCAUUACCGGGGACUAGUUGCGAAACUGUGAACUACCAAGGGUGGAACAUUCCCAUGAAAUGUGCCAACAACAAGUCAGGGAUGUCUCAGAGCCUCCCAGGGAGCCGCGUGAGUCUGGGCACGUUCAGCCGGUGCAGGGAUCCCUCCGGAGCUAUCCAGGCUGGGAGUGCUAACGUGCAUAUGAAGCCGUCGACAGUGACAGCCAGGACGCCGCAGAACUCCAAGUCCUGUCACACAGCCUUCAAGAGAAAUGUAUCUGACUCUGCAGCCAUCUGCAGCAAAGUUUUCGUCACAAGCCAGAUGACAGGAAAGUGCUCGGCAGCUGAGAUCGAGAGGAAGAAGCAGGAAGCUUUGGCCAAGAGGCGACAGCGAAUGCAGAACGCCCCGAAACCGUAGAGGAGCUCCGCCCUGACUGAGGGAUCAGUCAUAAACCUGAACACGACUCAUUAGUGUUAAUAGUUUACUGUUGGAUCACCGGGUUUCAGACGAUUGACUCAGGAAACCAUGUUGCCUGUUGUUGACUCAGAGCUGCUGGAUGUUUUUGCUGCUGACGUAGAACCGUGUUUAUAAGAAGUGAGUUAGAGCCCAGGAUCAGAUCUGCUGCUGUGAUGACACUAAAAAGAGAUUUUCCUGAGCCUUUCACAUUUUGUAAAAUAGUUCAAAUGACUGAGUUUGACUUAAUCCCCAAUGCUGAUUAAACCUGGUCACUUUGUUUGGGUUGCUUUCGUGCUCACACAUUGUAGAUUUCGGGUUUUUUUGUUAAAAAGUGAAUUUAUCUUCAUUUUUUCUGCUCAAAUUGUGAAAUGAAGAACUGACCAGACAUAAAUAACGUGUGUUGAUGUUAACCAUCAGAAGAGGAUGUGAACCAUGAGAGUAACUGUGUCGUCUGCUGUUUGGGGUUUGAUCAGACAGAUUAAUUAUGUGCCUUAAACAUUUACUGAUGCCUGCUUUUAAAAGAUUUUGCCUUCUCCAAUACUUGAUUGAUUGAUUGAUUGAUUGAUUGCUUUGCAAGGAGACAGUGAAUCAAGACAGUGUUGUAAUACAAUCUAAAACUUUUGUUUAGGGCCAAACUACACGAUAUAAUAACCUGUCUGAAAAUAAGCAUGUUUGUUUCUUUUGUGUUUCUCUGUAUUUUUGUUUUUCGUGCUUGUCACCUUUUUUUUAUCAUCAGUCUGAAUCUAGUGUUAUAAACUCAGUGUUGUGCCCCCCCCCCCCCUGUUGGCACAGAUUAUUGUAAUAGCCAAGCUAUGCACCUUUCACAGAUUGUUAAUCCAACAGCAAUAAAAAAAACACAACUAUGGA